CCAAGUUCGAAAGGUCUACUAUUCCACUACCCCUGUUCUCUUCUCAUAAUCUAUUCCUCUGCUGCAUAGAUUUCAUCAAUUACCCAAAACCUCGCAUUCAGAUAGCUGCUUUACUGUGUGUGUGUGAGAGAGAGUGCAAAGGAAAGGGACAAUGGUAGUCUCAUACCUGUCUUCCUCAUCCAAGUUCGCUAAUUUCCAGUUCCAUCCUUCCCCUCCACUCCACCAUUUCCGUCAAAAACCAGCUGGGUUUUUCCUCUGCACCUCUGUUCGCCCUAAGUCAAAUGCUCAUGAUAGAUUCCGCUUUGGUCUUUUUCCUCUCAAACAUUCUACUUGGAGAAUUUCAAACAUAUAUGAUUUUACAAGUAAAAGAAGGUGUGCUCAUGCAUCUCGGUUAUCUUUUUGCCCUGUCGAGAAGUUUUGUGGAGUAUAUGAUGAAUGUGUUUCAGAUAGGUGUAAAUUGUCAAGAUGCAUCAUUAGAUCUGAUAUUUCUGCCAGUGGUUCUGCUACUGCUUCCUAUCCACUAUCAGAAUCUCAAGCAAUCUCAAAAUUCAGAGGAAUUUGCUUUUAUGCUGUAACUUCUUUUGUUGCCAUUUUUUUGUUUGUGCUGAUGGUGGUUGCACAUCCUUUUGUGCUCUUAUUUGAUAAGUAUCGUCGUAAAGCACAGCACCUCAUUGCUAAAGUCUGGGCACUCUUGACUAUUUCUCCGUUUUUGAAGAUGGAAUUCGAGGGUUUGCAUAAUCUUCCUGCCAAGGAUGCUCCUGCUGUAUAUGUGUCCAAUCAUCAGAGUUUUUUAGACAUAUAUACUCUGCUUACUCUUGGGAAAAGCUUCAAAUUUAUAAGCAAAACUUCUAUUUUUCUCUUUCCCAUUAUUGGAUGGGCAAUGUAUUUCCUGGGCACUAUUCCUUUGAAGCGCUUGGACAGCAGAAGUCAACUGGAUUGUCUUAAGAGAUGCAUGGAUCUUGUUAAGAAAGGAGCAUCUGUUUUCUUCUUUCCUGAGGGAACUCGGAGUAAGGACGGGAAAUUAGGCACUUUUAAGAAAGGUGCAUUCAGUGUUGCUGUGAAAACUGGAGUGCCCGUGAUUCCAGUUACUCUUAUUGGAACAGGCAAGAUAAUGCCUGCAGGAAUGGAGGGUCGACUAAACCCAGGAGGAAUUAAAGUUGUCAUUCACCCACCCAUCGAAGGAAAGGAUCCUGAUUUCUUGUGCAGUGAGGCCAGAAAGAAGAUUGCAGAUGUGCUAAUUCGUGAAGGUUAUGAAACUUAAUGCAACAGGAAUUUUUCUGUACUGUCUUAGUGUGAAAUCUUUCUUGUGGAGCAACGGAGUGCUAGCUCAAAGGUAUGAAGAUAUGAACUUUAUCAUCCUCUGAUCUCUCUUGCUUUGAUGGUUUAUAUUGAUUUAACUGAAAACAAGUUACAAGCAUUUUCAACCAUGUUUAGUUCCUCUUUGGAGAAUUGCUUCAUUUAGCAUAUGCAAGUCUUUUUCUCUCCCUUGACUCCCCCUUCAUGUCAGGGCCGGAAAGAAGAUGGGCAUAGAUUAUCUCUAAUGGUAUAAUAAAUAAACGGAAGGGUUGCUGUCACAAAUUGUAAGACAGUAACAACUCUAUAUAUGAAUGUCAGUUUUAAAGAGAUGUGCACCGACAUUAGAUAUUUAAUCUGAUAGACAUGUGGUGCUCUCAUUUCAGAUUCAGUGGUGAGCUUAUCUGUUAGAAUAAUAUUCUCUCUGUCUCUACCAUCCCUCCCCUUCUGCCCUAGUAAAGAUCCAAAAAUAUUUAUCCGCACAUGGUCCACUUGUUCCUUUUUUCCCUUGAUUUUGCUAUCUGGAUUCUGAAGUUUUGAAGUUCCAUUCCAUGUACAGACAUCAUAUAUUUGCUCAUGAUUAGUGAUUUAUUUGUGUUGGUCUUUUCUUCAUGUGCUUUCUGGGGGUUGGGUGUUGAUCUUCAACUUUAGCCUAGAAAUUCUUGAUCCUUUCUGCUUGUGUUAUUUUGCGAUAUGCUAAUAUUCUCCAGCUUCUUGAACCAUUUUAGAUCUAGUUUAUUUCUCUCUUGUGCAAGUGUGGAGAUUGCUGUGCCGAGUAUUGUCUAGGAAUUCGUUAGUGGUUGCCUCCCUUUCAUCAAACCUGUUUCUUUCUGCUUGGUUUAUUUACUCCAGAAAAGCUGAAGGAGAAGUGCAAAUAACCUGUAACGUGUCGCUUAGUACUUUUCUGUUACUAGAUUUCUUCUUGACUUGAAUUUAUUUGGGAGGGUCACUAUGUUCAUUAAAGUCUCUUUAUUUUAUAGAACUGCCUCAAACCACACAAGUGUGGAAGAAUGUUACUUUGAGGUCUUGGCAUCAAUCUGAUGUUAAAUCAACUCAAUGAUGGAUAUUCCUUUGCAAGUUUAAUGAAAAUGUACUGCCAAGAAGAAAAGAACAUUGUUUAAGAAGUCUGUCUAUACUAGCCUAAUUACUUAUGUCAUCUUGUGUUCCCACUUUAAUUCCCC